UAAGGAAAGUUCAUCAGAAACACUCCAAACUACACGUCUUAAGUAGUUAAGUAGUUUCAGUAAUAAUUUUUAGCAGGUAUUUCGGCCUAUAUAGGCCUAAGUAAUUUUCCACACACUCUACAUUCAUUGUGUGUUUUGGCUAAGAAAAGAACCGUUGGUACUACGCAAUCAUGUUUUGUAUUCUUAUGUUUUUCCUUGUGGCAUUGCUUUCACAGGAGAUUCAUUGUCUGACUGCCAGCGAGAAGACCCUCAUUGUUUCAACACACAAUUCUUAUAGAAAGAAUGUAUCACCACCAGCUGCUGAUAUGACGGAACUCGAAUGGAGCGACGAAGUUGCUGGAGUUGCCGAAGCGUGGUCUGCUAAAUGUAUCAUGUCUCAUAACCCGAAUAGAAAUGGGUAUGGAGAAAACAUGGCGAUGUCUACAAAGCCAUAUAGAGGUGGAGAACUUCGCAAAGCAGUCAAAGCAUGGUACAGGGAAUUCAAAAAUUAUAAUUACACUACUGGGGGUUGCGAGGGGGUGUGUGGACACUAUACACAGGUGGUAGAUACUAGGAGCGUGAAGAUUGGCUGCGCUACCAACAGGGCUCCAUGUUCCGGUCCUUCGUUUCCUUAUCGACUUUUCUGUAAUUAUUCACCGGCAGGAAAUUUCAAUAAUCAGAAACCGUACCAAACUGGAAAGAAGUGUACCAGAUGUCCAGAUAAUGCCAAGUAUUGUAACAACGGAUUUUGCGUUGAUUGUACUGGCAGCGAUUGUCAGUGUAAAAGAAAAUGUGCAAAUGGCGGUGAACUUCAAAGAGAUUCGUGUACCUGUAUCUGUAACGACAAAAAAGGAUUCUAUGGACCGUUCUGUGCAGAUUCGUGCAUAAACAAUGCUCCGUGUACCCCAUACUUAACAUGGGACAAGUCCGUUGUUUGCGCCAAACAGUACUUCAUUGACCAAUGUCCACUCAAGUGCAACUCAGACUGCAAAAAUGCCAAGUCGAGUUAGCUACUACCGAACCAGUACGCCACUGUGCUACAAAUCUACAGACCGUUAUAUUUAUACAAGAUUCUGAACAACACUGAAUGCGAAGUUAUUCGUAUCGUCAUUAUGCUUUUUAUUAUAUCAAUAUCAAAUUUAUGUUACAUCAAUAUAAUAGUUUGUAGAUCUAUAAGACUAAAAUUAGAAUAAAAUCAUGGUAGUUAGACGGUCUAAUGUUUAAAAGUAUAAACAGACGUGGAAUAAAAAAAAAAUCUAGAAA